AUGUGUUCAGGUCGUGUUUUUAUGGUAAUGGAACUCUCUGGUAACCGAGGUGGAAAAAAUCGAGUGUUGGCGGAGGAGGGGUCUGCUGGUUGGCAGGUUGGCGAGGGAGAGAAGACGACCGAGAAGAAAACACUACAGGACGACGGACAGAAGAAGCGUGGAAUAAACAGGACGAGGCGACGAGGAGUAACGGAAAGUCAGCCGUUUUACGAUCGCGCUGGGAAAAGCAGACGUUUCCUUCACUUCGGCGCCCCGCGAUCGGCCGAGGGAUUCGUUUUAGAAAUUUCGGAUGGGAAAAGUUUGCGGGGCUCGUUGUAA